AUGAUAUUGAUUAGUUUGAAUUUGAUUAUUUUCACAAGCAUAUGUAGCUUGGUUCAAUCAGUAUUUGGUACCUCUGUAGAUGUUAUUAUUGAUGAUGGAAACAGGUUAAGCUUCUAUAUAGGUCGAAAUCGAAUUGACAAUGACGCGUGCUUAGAACGCAUAUUACCUGAUAGGACUUAUUACGGCAGCUCAAAUACUUUGGAUAAUAAUGCAUCUCUUAAAACAUUAAGAGAUAUUACAAUUACAGAAUUAGACGAUACUCAAUUGGGACUCUUAUUAUUAGGCGUGCCUUGGUUUGGAUUGGCUACAAUGUUAGACUUUUACAAUUCAAGCAGAUUAGAUGUGGAACACUUAAUAGAGCCUAUAAUUAAUGCCAUUAGAAAUAAAGGUGAACUCGAACCAGAUAUUUUAGAAUUAUGUCGAGAUUACCUAAAUGGAAAUGUGAUUCCUCAUGAAAUUGAUAAUGAAAGUGAUAAUGAAAGUCAACACGAAAGCCAAAGUCAAUCAGAAAACCAGAGUCAGAGAAUAGAUACAAGUAAUAUUGAAGCUUCGACAUCUCAUUCAACGGUCACAGCGUAUUAUUUCACUCAAUCUAGAGAGAGAAUAAUGGACUCCACCAGCGUUGAUAAUGAAAUUGGUAAACAUAUAAGUCACAUAUGGGUUAUCGAUUUAUUGUUCAGCCACUUUUUGUCUAGGUAUUGA